AUGAGCAUGGGGCGCUUCGUCAACUCCAUGGAUCCGAGGUCGGGGCUGGAGGUGAUCAGGGACUGGAACGGCGUCGCCCAGGUCGUGCUCCGCUCGCCCAAGGGAGCCUCCGCGCGGGUGAGCUUGCACGGCGGCCAGGUCGUCUCCUGGAGGAACGACCGCGGUGAGGAGCUCCUCUUCACCAGCAGCAAGGCAAUCUUCAAGCCGCCAAAUGCGAUGCGAGGUGGAAUUCAGAUGUGUUUCCCACAGCUUGGGUACUCUGGGACAUUGGAGCGACAUGGAUUUGCAAGAAACAGGAUAUGGGCCCUGGAUGAUGAGCAUCCACCACUGAAUCAUAAUGAUAACGGCAGCAAAGUUUCUGUUGACCUUAUACUAAAGCCAUCUGAAGAUGACCUCAAGUGCUGGCCACAUUGUUUUGAGUUCCGUCUAAGGGUCUCUCUUUCAAAGGAUGGGGACUUGUCGUUAAUAUCACGCAUCAGGAAUGUCAAUGGCAAGCCAUUCAGUUUCUCAUUUGCUUAUCACACAUAUCUUUCUGUUUCUGACAUCAGUGAGGUCAGGAUUGAAGGUCUGGAGACACUUGAUUAUCUUGACAACCUUAGCCACAAAGAACGGUUUACGGAACAAGGAGAUGCCAUAACAUUUGAGUCAGAGGUCGACCGGGUCUACGUUAGCUCCCCAAAUGUAGUAGCGGUUCUUGACCAUGAGAAGAAACACUCAUUUGUCAUAAGAAAGGAAGGACUUCCUGACAUUGUUGUGUGGAAUCCAUGGGAAAAGAAAUCAAAGACCAUGGUAGACUUCGGUGAUGAGGAGUACAAGCAGAUGAUUUGCGUUGAUGCAGCCGCUGUGGAGAGAGCAAUCACACUGAGACCAGGGGAGGAAUGGACUGGGAAGAUGGAGCUUUCUGCGAUUUUAUCCACUAACUGCAGUGAUCAUCUUGAUCACCCUGUCAGCAUCUAG